AUGAAAACACAUGCGUUGCUUGUGAUCGGCUCAAAAGCUCGUAUAAUGUCCUCGUCAUUAUCGGUCCCACCACCGAAUCGUUUUCGCGUUUCUUCGGUCGGUCAGUCGAAUCAUGAACUGAGACUUGACGUACCUCCUGGAGGUCCACCAGGCACCACACCGAUUACAACACCAACUCCGGGUAUGUCUUAUGUUUUUCCGUCGCUCCAUUCAUGA